GUCAGCUUAGCAUUUGAAGCAUGCUGGCGCCAAUUGCGCGAGCACCUCGCUUGGCCGCGAAGCUCCCUGGCUUCCGCGCCUGGGAAUGGGCACGUGCCGCCAAAAAUGCGCCGCAUGCGUCGCAUGAGCCGCGUGCGGCAUUCGGCGCCGCGGCUGUGCUGGGGACGUUAGCAACGCGCGGAGCGCGCCAGGGCUCAGGUCGGCAGGCAGGACGAGGGGGCCUCAAGGAGGUUCCGCCAUUCAGUCAGUUGAGAGAGCUGUGGCGCCGGAAGUUGAGGAUCUCGGCAGCCCUGUGCCUCCUCAUGACCUUGCUCUGGCUAUUGCAGGGCUACCAGGGCUGGCAGAACUUGAAAGCUUUCAACUUGACCCAGCCCUGGUACAAAAGACUUCCCAGCUCUACAGCGCUUGAAAGCUGGCUUUUGGGAACCCAUCCAGUCGCAUCGAUGUAUGGGCGGCGGUUCGCAAUUACGAAGAGCACUCUUCAAAAAGACUUCGGCAUGGACGCGCUUAUGGUCGAUAACGGGCAGUUUCAUCGCUUGCUCACCUCUUGCUUUCUGCACAACAGCGUCUUUCACAUCCUUUUCAACCUGGGCUUUUUGUACACGUUGGCACCCCUCGAGGUGGGCUGCCAGGGUGUCUUCCUAACAACAUUUCUGCUGUCGGGCAUUGCUGGCAAUUUGGCAUUCCUCCAGUUUGGACAGGCGCGUUCUGCGCUGGGUGCCUCUGGAGCGAUCUGCGGGCUUCUGGGCUUUGAGCUGGUUGCCUUGCUGCGGAACCGCCGCAUCCGGCGCUUCAAGAUGCUGCUGCGCUCUACGUUUGGUAUGAUCGUCAUGGGCUUCUUCCUGCCUGGUGUCGCCAACAGCGCCCACUUGGGCGGCCUCGGCUGCGGGCUAGUGGUGGCGCUUUUAUGCGCGAGGCGCAGCGGGUACCGGGGGCCUUUGCUGCCCUGGCCACUGCUGCUGCUGCUCCUUGCUGUGCCCGGCCGCCGCUUCUUGCCGGCUGCGAUGGAAGGCUUAUCCAUUGGGAUCCAACAUCCCGGAGCGCUUGCGUCUGGCAUUGUGCUUUGAGACGGAUAUCAGGGCUGAAUCAGGC